CCCUCAUCACUCAAUUUAUUUAAGAAUCAAAGGGAUAAAAAAAAACACACACACACACAAAGUGGAGAAAUUAUCAUGGAUAGAGAGCAGGAAGAGCUUCAAUUCCUGGGUUUCUUUGGCAUAUUGAAAGAAUCAUUGAAGAUCAUAUGUUCAUGGAGAAAAAUCUUUACCCAGAUUACUCUUUCCUUCAUUUUCCCUCUCUCCUUCAUCUUCCUAGCUCACAUCCAAAUCUCUCAGCUCAUUUUUGCCAAUAUUUUGGAUAACCAAGACGCCUUGAAUUAUGCACGAGCAGGGACGCCUGGGUAUGAGAAAUUGUCUGAUUUAAUAUCGACUGAAUGGGUUUUGUUUUGGCUCUUCAAAGCUGCGUAUUUCACUUUCCUUCUCGUCCUUUCACUCCUCUCGACAUCCGCCGUGGUUUACACCAUCGCAUGCAUUUACACAGGCAAGGAAACCUCGUUCAAGAAGGUCAUCAGCGUCGUACCCAAGGUUUGGAAGCGGCUUUUCGUGACGUUCCUGUGGAGUUUCGCCGUCGUUUUCGUCUACGACGUCGCUUCCGGCGUGUUGUUGUUGGUGCCGCUCGCUGUUCUGGGAUUCGGCGGGUUGGGGAUGUCGGUUUUCGUUCUGCUUUUCAUCCCAUACUUGGCGGGACUUGUUUAUGUUUCCUUGGUCUGGCAAUUGGCCAGCGUGGUUUCGGUGUUGGAAGAUGAUUACGGGUUCAAGGCCAUGAAGAAGAGCAAGGCGUUGAUAAAGGGUAAGAUAGGGGUGGCGGCCGCCGUGUUUCUGGUGCUCGUCGUUGGUUUUAUCGUGAUUCAAGCCGUGUUCGAGAUCGGCGUGUUGUUUUAUUGGUCGAUGAGCGUCGGAAUGAGAAUAGGGAUUCCGGUACUUUGCUUCUUGAUGUUGUUUAGCGUUAUGCUGUUCGGUCUUGUUGCUCAAACGGUCAUCUACUUUGUGUGCAAAUCGUAUCACCAUGAGAAUAUAGACAAGUCUUCUUUAGCCGAUCAUCUCGAGGUUUAUCUUGGGGAGUAUGUUCCUCUCAAGGCCAAGGAUGUCCAACUUGAACAGUUUCAUGUGUAAUUUAUUUUAAGUAUAUCUUUAAGGUAAUUCUUAA